AUGAUCCCUUCCCAGUCCUAUGGCAACAUCUCCUUCUUCCAGCCACCUGCUUUCCUGAUGCUUGGAAUCUCAGGGCUGGAGGCCAUUCUUGGCUGGAUCUCCAUCCCCUUCUCUGCCAUGUACCCUGCAGCCCUCACUGGAAAUGGCUUGAUCCUCUUGGCUGUGAAAAGGACUCCCAACUUGCAGCAGCCCAUGUACUACUUCCUGUCUAUGCUGGCCUUCAACAAUGUGGGCCUCACCUUGUCCACACUGCCCACCACCCUGGCUGGGCUGUGGUUUGACCAUCGGCUCAUCGGCUUCAAUGCCUGCUUGGUCCAGAUGUUCUUCCUCCACUCCUUCUCUGUGGUGGAGUCCUCAGUGCUACUGGCCAUGUCGUUUGACCACUUUGUGGCCAUCUCCAACCCCCUGCGCUAUGCAGCUGUCCUCACAAAUAAUGUCAUCAUCAGGAUUAGGCUGGCGAUUGUGGCCCAUGCUCCCUUGUGCCUCUUCCCUGUGCCAUUUUUUAUUAAGGGCCUAAACUUCUGCCUUGACAAUAACUUCCUGUCCCACUCAUUCUGUUUCCACCCUGACGUGAUGAGAAAAGCCUGUGCCGACAUAAUCAUCAAUAUAAACUAUGGGCUCUAUGUGGUUGUGUCCACUGGAGGCAUAGACCCCCUGCUCAUUGUCUUAUCCUACACUCUCAUCCUGCACAUUGUCAUGGGACUGGCUUCUCCCCAGGAGUGUAUCCGGGCCCUCAACACCUGUGUCUCCCACAUCCUGGUGGUCUUUGUCUUCUUUAUUCCAAGUAUCACCAUGUCCAUGACCCACCGUUUUGGAAGGCACCAGCCUCACAUUGUACGUGUUCUUGUUGCCUAUGUGUACUUAAUGGUGCCCCUCCUGCUCAACCCCAUCAUCUACAAUGUCAAAUCCAAGCCCAUCAGGGAGGCGAUGUUCAGGGUGCUGAGAGGGAAAGUCCAAGGCUGA